AUGGAUAAAAGGAACACUACAGAUGUGUCUGACUUCAUCCUGAUGGGUUUGACAGAUUCGGAGGAGAUCAAGCUGGUCCUAUUUGUGCUCUUUCUCCUGAUAUACCUGAUCACCAUGCUGGGGAAUUCCGGCAUGAUACUCAUAAUCCGCCUGGAUCUUCAACUCCACACCCCCAUGUAUUUUUUCCUCAGCCAUCUCUCAUUUCUUGACCUUAGUUACUCAAGCGUUAUCACACCUAAGACCCUAGAGAACUUAGUAACAUCCACCAGGAGCAUGUCUUAUGUGAGUUGUUUCACCCAAAUGUACUUUUUUGUCUUCUUGGGUGCUGCUGAAUGCUUCCUCCUCUCCUCAAUGGCCUAUGACCGCUAUGUGGCUAUCUGCAAUCCUUUGCACUACCCCGUGAUCAUGUCCUCGAAGCGCUGCCACUUCCUCAUCCUCGGGUCCUAUCUGAUUGGCUUUACCGACUCAACAGUCAACACUCUUUGCAUGAGCAGAUUGCAUUUCUGUCACUCCAAUGUCAUCCGUCACUUUUUCUGUGACACUUCCCCUGUUGUAGCUCUGUCCUGUACAGACACACACAACAUGGAAACCGUGAUUUUCAUUUUCGCUGGCUCCACCCUGAUGGUGUCCCUUAUUACAAUCACUUUCUCUUAUGCAUCCAUUCUCUCUACCAUCCUGAAAAUCAGUUCCUCCUCAGGAAGGCGGAAAGCCUUCUCUACCUGUGCCUCCCAUCUCUUGGGAGUCACCAUUUUUUAUGGCACUAUGAUUUUUACAUAUUUAAAACCAACUAAGUCUUACUCUUUAGGAAAGGAUCAGGUAGCUUCCGUGUUUUAUACUAUUGUUAUUCCCAUGCUGAAUCCACUGAUUUACAGUCUUCGGAACAAAGAAGUAAAAAGUGCCGUCCUUAGAGUUAUGCAGAGAGGGAGGGUUCCAGGCAAGUAA